UUGAGGAUAAUGGUACAAUUUUUUUUGAGGUAUAAUGGUACAAUUCUUUUCUUGGUAAAUUCCAUUUUGUUUGUGCUUUGCUUGGUUGCUUAGUUUGGUAUCAUCAUACGAUUCACUCACUCAAUCAAUCAAUGAAUGUGUGCUUUGCUUUGUGCCUUCCUUCGAUUACUUCCUUUACUGAUUCUAUUUCCAUUCCUUCAAAGCUGUUAUUAUAUAUAUAAUCUCUACACAACAACGCAACAGAACUUCAAAUACAUUUGCUACUACAAAAUUUAUUCCACAAAUUUAAAAAGGAAGCAAGAAGAUUCAUUGUUCAUUCAUACUGCAAAUAAUAAUCGAAGAAGCUUCUACUCAUGUUGUUUAUGAGUAGAUGUUAGCUGCUGGGGAGAAAGGAACUCUAUACUGGUCAAAAGACAAACAUUGGUUGAGAUGGAGGGUAUCUCGACAGAUUUGGGGAAGACAUUUGUAGAGAAAUUGAUAAACGGUGUAAUAGGAAAAUCACGUUAUCUAUUUUGCUACAAGUGCAUUGCCAACGAAUUUGAAUUAGAGAAGGAAAAAUUGGAAGCAGAAUGGGAAACUAUGACACAGCGUUUUACAAAGGCAAAGGAAAAAGGUAAAGAUAUUCAAUCUAAUGCUCAAUUUUGGGAAAAGCAAGCUAAUAAGCUCAUUCAAGAGGACACUAAGUUAAAACAAAGAUGUUUUUUUGGAUUUUGCCCUGAUUGCAUAUGGCUAUAUAAAAGGGGAGAGGAGUUGGCAAACAAAACGGAGGAAAUUAAAAAAUUGAUGGUAAAGGGAGAGAAACUUGAAAAUGUUGAAGUCACCCGUAGUCUUCCAGAUGUUGAGCGUUAUUCUUCUCAAUCUUACAUUUCUUUUAAAACUAGGGAGUCGAAAUACAAUGAGCUUUUGAAUGCACUAAAAGAUGACAGUUACUAUACAAUUGGAUUGCAUGGGAUGGGGGGCACAGGAAAAACUACCAUGGCAAAAGAAGUGGGCAAACAACUUAAGACUUCAAUGCAAUUUAAUCGUGUCAGCUUUACUACAGUGUCCAAUACUCCUAAUAUAAAAAAGAUUCAAGAUGAUAUUGCUGGACACUUGGAAUUGGAAUGGAGGGCCACCAAUGAGUCAACCCGGCCUACACAGCUAUGGGACAGACUCACCAAAGGUGAGAAAAUUCUUGUGAUAUUGGAUGAUGUUUGGGAUGAUCUCAAUUUUGAAGACAUAGGGAUUCCAAAUAGUGAUAAUCACAAAGGAUGCAAAGUUCUUGUAACCACACGAUAUUUGAAGGUAUGCAAACAAAUGUCAUGUGCAAAAACAAUUCAACUAGACCUCUUAUCUGAAGAAGAGGCAUGGGAAAUGUUCAAAAGGCAUGCUGAGCUAAGUAAUAUUUCCUCCAAAAAUAUUCUUGACCAGGGAUCCAAAAUUGCACUUGAAUGCAAAGGAUUACCAAUUGCAAUUGCUCUUAUCGCCAGAAGUUUGAAGGGAGAAAAACGUCAAGAAAAUUGGGAUGCUGCCUUAAACUCCUUACAAAAUCCUAUGCCCAUGGCCGGUGUUGAUGACACUAAGGUUGACAUUUAUAAAUGUUUGAAGUUUAGCUAUGAUAAUUUGAAGGAUAAAAAAGCCAAGGAAUUGUUCCUCUUAUGUUCUAUAUUCCAAGAAGAUGAAGAAAUCUCUACUGAAAUUCUAACCAGACUUGGCAUAGGAAUCGGGCUCUUUGGGGAAGAUUAUAAAAAAUACAACCAUGCUCGAACUCUUGUAGUUGUAGCAAAAGAUAAUCUCCUUGAUUCAUGUCUACUGUUGAGUACAAAUAAAAGAGAUGUAAAAAUGCAUGACUUGAUUCGUGAAGUAGCCCAAUGGAUUGCAAAUAAAGAGAUACUAGCAGUAGAUUUUUCUAACAAAUAUUUGUUAUUUGAGGGAAAUCCAAUGGAUUUGUGUUCCUCUGGGUUUGAUGGUUCUAAACUUAAGAUUCUGAUUUUCAUUGUGGACAAUGGUUGCUUUGUUGAUUCAUUCUUUAAAAGUAUUGCAGGGCUUCUAGUUUUGAAUUUAAGAGCAGGUAAACAAAGUACUAUAUCAUUACCACAAUCAAUUCGGUCAUUGACGAAUAUUCAUUCUCUAUUAAUUGAAAGUGUCAAUUUGGGUGACAUAUCUGUUUUGGGAAGCCUGCAAAGUCUUGAGACACUUGAUUUGAAUCAAUGUACAAUUGAAGAACUUCCACAAGAAAUUGCUAAAUUGAAGAAACUUCGAUUGUUGAACUUGGAAAUGUGUGAAAUUAUAGAUAAGAAUCCAUUUGAAGUUAUCCAAAGAUGCCCAUCACUUGAGGAAUUGUACUUCAGAGUUAGUUUUAAUGAUUCUUGUCAAGAAAUAACCUUACCUGCAUUGGAAAGGUAUCAACUCAUUGAGAAUUUUCGUAAAAUGUACGAUUUUUCACUAUCAAAAUGUGUGUCUCUUCAAGAUAAAUAUUUGUCAGAAGCUACAGUUAAGCAUGUGAUUCCAACAGCAGAGAUUCUUAGAUUGGAAGGAACUAAGAAGGGGUGGAGAAAUCUCAUGCCGGAAAUUGUUCCUAUACAUCAAGGUAUGAAUGAUCUAAUUGAGCUUCGUUUGAAAGAUUUUUCACAACUAGAGUGCCUCAUAGACACUAAACAUAUUGGUUCUCCAGUACCAAAUGUGUUUUCCAAAUUGGAUGUACUAAAGCUCAUCAAAAUGAAUAAUUUGAAAGAAUUAUGCAAUGGUCCCAUCUCCUCUGACUUUUUGAACAAUUUAAAGGAGCUGACACUAAAAUCAUGCUCAACAUUGGUUUCUGUUUUUGAUUUGUCAACUUCUCAAAGUCUGCUGCAGCUAGAAAGGUUGGUAAUAAGAAAUUGUGAGCAAUUGAAAAACAUAGUUACUAAUGAAAGGAAAUCAGAUGACAAGAGUUGCAACAUAUUGUUUCCAAAGCUGAAACAAUUGGGGCUAGGUGAUGUGCCAAAUUUCAUCGGCAUAUUUCCAGAAUCAAAUGAUUUAUUUGAAGGGUCAUCUCAUUCCAUUUCAAAGCCACAAACACAAUUGGAGGUGGAGCCUAUCAAAUCCAAUAAGUUCCCAUGGAGUCAUGUGUGUUGUUAUGGAUAUAAUAAUAAAUUGAGGGAUAGCAGUAGCAGCACAAGUACUAAGAUUCCAAUCCCAUCGGUAUAUGAGGAUCAACCGCAACAUUGCUCAAUCUCAUUGGAAUCGUAUUGUCUUUUAAGGCUAUCACAUGUCAUGUGCAAUAUUAAAGAGAUAGCACUGGGGAAUAUUCCAAGGAUAAAAUCAGUGUUUACGUUGUCUGUUGCAUCAAAAAUGUUGUUGUUGGAGAGCUUGACUAUAUAUAGUUGUGAUGAAAUGGAGCACAUAGUAGUAGAUAAUGGAGAUGGCAGUAGUACUGGGGUCAAUAUUGUCUUCCCAAAAUUAGAAGAGCUCUGUGUUAAUAACUGUAAGAAAUUGGAAUACAUAUUUGGAAACAUUAAUGCUAGUGAUCUUCAUAACUACCUUCAUCUUCCAGCUUUGAGAUCUCUCUAUCUUAACAAUCUUCCAAGUUUAAUUGGCAUGGGUACCAAAAACUAUCACACAAUAUUGUCACACUUGGCGGUAAUUAGACUCUAUGGAUGCCCCAAGGUUGAAUCUAUUAUUGGUGAUUUUGUUUAUUCAAUGUCAAAAUCUCAGGACAGUACAACCAUUAAGGAUUUGAGUGGAUAUGACUUGGAACCUCAUCUUGCUUUGCAACAACUCACGGCAAAAAACUCUAAAUUUCAAUGCUUCUUUUAUCUCGAUGAAAUAAAUGGACAACAAAGGAACUUAGGAUUGAAAGAGAUUGACUUGGAUAAUUUGGCUCAGAUGACAUACCUUUUUGUGGGUCCCAAAAAUUGUUUUUCCCUCCAAAACUUAUUGAAGAUAAAAAUUGUCCAAUGUGAAAAAUUGGAAAUGAUAUUCUCAACAUGUGUUUUAAAAUGUCUACCACAGUUGCUUCAUCUAAUGAUAGAUGAAUGUGAUGAGUUGCAAUAUAUCAUUGAAGAAGAUCAUGUGGAGAAUAAAGAAAUAUCAAAUGAUCAUAUGUUUCCAAUUAGGACAUGUUUUCCAAAACUGAAAACACUUGUUGUCAGGAAGUGUAACAAGUUGAACUAUGUAUUUCCAGCCUCCAUUUGUACAGAGCUACCUGAGCUACUGUUUCUCGUAAUACAAGAAGCAUGUAAGCUACAGAAAAUAUUUGGAGGAAGUGAAGAAAAUGAUCAAAAAGUUGGGAUUCCAAACCUACGUAUUGUAGUAUUUGUCGAACUACCAAGCUUUUUUCAGGGAAUCCAAUUUCAAACUGUAAAACAUCGUCUUGUACACAAUUGUCAAAAGCUCUCUUUGAAUUCAACUUCAACAUCAACUGACGUUUUAUCAACUCUGAUGGGGACUUUUUAUGAACAUGAAUUAGAUUAUGAAUUGGGAAGAUAUAUGCGGAGUGUGAAGAAAGAAUUAGAAGAACAUUUUAAAGCCGAAGAUACAAGUGGCGGAAAUCUAAAUGGCACUGUGAUUCAAUCAUCAACAUCUGGAAAUGAAAAUGCCAUUGAAGAUGUUGAUCAUGGUGGCUCUCAAGAAAAAACUCAGACUAAUAAUAAAGCAGAGCCUUCUAAAGAAGAGUCUGAAUCAACAUCAAGGCACGAGUUGACUUCUACACAGGAGUUGAUGAAUCCAAAACAGCCAGUUGCAGAAAUCGAUACUAAUGUCAAACCUUCUCAUGAAAAUAAUUUGGAGGGUUCAACGUCCGGAGAAACAGCAGCAGGAACUUUGCCUGCCAUUUCAGGAAAAAAGAAUGAGCCAACUAUACAAAUAGAUAUUGCUCCUAAACAAAAGAUAAAAAUGAAACAAGAAGCAGAGGCAAAGCAUGAAUUUGUCGAAAAGGUUCCUGAUUUAGAGAUACCACCAGUAGCAAUAUUACCAACAGACUCAAAAGUAUUAAUGAAUGAACAAUCAAUGGAUCAACAAAUGAAGACACAACAGUCAGAUGCAGAAAUCGAUAUUACAGCCAAACAUUCUCUAGAAAAUAAUUUGGAGGGUUCUACGCCAGAAAAAACAGCGGCAGGAACUUUGUUCACCAGUUCAAGAACAAAGAAUGAGCCACCUAUACAUUUAGAUAUUGCUCUUAAACAAAAGGAUAUCGAGAUAAGUGUUGAAGAAGGAACUACAUUGACUAUUGCUAUGGAAGAUAUUAACAAUCUGAUGGAAGAAGACCCACUUCUCGCACUUGUUGCACUUGAGAAUCUUCUUACAGGACAAGUCUCGAUUUCCUCUGUUCGAGUUUUACUUCAAGAAUUGAAGACUUUGAUGGACUCAUCAUCAGACCUUGACCAUCUUGUGUCUAAUCAAGAGUCUAAAUCGAAAUUGAUUUCUCUUUUGCAUCAAUUGAAUCAGCACCAAGGGAUGUUAACUUCGGACGAGAAGGACUUUGUUGAGAAAGUUCAGAACUUCUUCAAUGACAACAUUAUCAAACACACCACUUCUCAACAAUUACUCAAGAAGUACAACCAAGUUCUUGAUUCGAAAACCGAUCUCAUGAACAAGCUUAGGAGUGCAAAGAGUGCACAAACUGACAUUGAUAGGGAAACUUCAACAACCAAUGCUCAGAUACAUGAGCUCUCUUUACAAACUGAUGAACUUAGAAAAAAGUUGGCAGAUCUUGAGAAUCAAAUAGAGGGUUUGAAGUCGGUGGCGAACACACGCGAUGUUCAAAAGAUGAAGUUGAAAGCGGAAUGCUCAGAGUUGGCCCAACAAAGUAAAGAAUUACUUUCUGCACUUGCUUCAUUGGAGGUCAACAUAAGAGAAGCUGAACGUGCGAGGAAUUUGGCAAAAGAAGGCUUUGCAAAUUUAAAAUCAUCAUUUCCUAGACUUUAGGAAGGAAUAAUAACUUGCAAUAUUUUCUUAUGUGUGUGUUGCAUGUAAUAAUAUCUUUUAGUUUGAACUUUGUGUGGAA